GCCUCCUGGAGCCACACCUCAGGAACACCGAGACCCACAUAAGACCCACGACAGCUUGGCCCACACACAGGCGCCUCAGCUCCUUCUAACCCCAGGUCGGGUUCCUCCCACCCAGCAGGAACCCCCAACAUGGACUGGAUCGGGACAGGACUGCUUCUACUGCUGCUGGGUAUCACCUGCCUGCUGCUGGCCAAGGCAGCCCACAAAACCAAGGGUCGCCUGCCUCCAGGACCCAGACCCCUGCCACUGCUUGGCAACUUGCUACAACUCCGAUCUAGAGACAUGGUGACGUCCCUCACCAAGCUGAGUCAGGAGUACGGUUCUAUGUUCACUGUGCACCUAGGCACCCGGCCUGUUGUGGUCCUAAGUGGAUAUGACACGGUCAAGGAGGCUCUGGUGGACAAGGCCGAAGAGUUCUCAGGGCGUGGGGAGUAUCCCGUAUUUUAUGACUUCACCAAGGGCAACGGUAUCGCCUUCUCCAAUGGGGAAAAGUGGAAAGUGUUGAGGAGAUUUUCCAUCCAGAUCCUUCGCAAUUUUGGCAUGGGAAAGAAAAGCCUUGAAGAACGCAUCCUGGAAGAGGAAGCCUUCCUUCUGGAGGAACUGAAAAAAACUGAAGGUGCCCCUUUUGAUCCCACCUUCGUGCUCAGCCGCUCCGUGUCCAACAUCAUCUGCUCAGUCGUCUUUGGCAGCCGCUUUGACUAUGAGGAUGAGCGUCUGCUCAAGCUUGUCCAUCUCAUCAAUGAAAACUUUAAGAUCAUGAGCAGCCCCUGGGGGGAGAUAUACAACAUCUUCCCUGGUCUCCUACAAUGGAUCCCCGGCCCCCAUCGCAGCCUCUUUCAGAACUAUGGGAGCAUGAAGACCCUCAUCGACCGCAUCAUCCAUGAGCACCAGAUCAACCUAGACUCCACCAGCCCUUCUGACUUCAUUGACUGCUUUCUUAUCAAGAUGGCUGAGGAAGCCAAGAGCCCAGACAGCUACUUCCACAUGGAGACACUGGUGAAGACGACGUUCAUCCUCAUCUUCGGUGGCACAGAGACUGUGGGCACAACACUGCGCCACAGCUUCCUACUUCUCAUGAAGUAUCCUCAGAUUCAGGCCCGGGUGCAGGCGGAGAUUGACAGCGUGGUGGGGCGGGGGAGGCGGCCCACGCUGGAUGACCGCUCCUCUAUGCCCUACACGGACGCCGUCAUCCAUGAGGUGCAGCGCUUUGCGGACAUCAUCCCCAUGAACUUGCCGCACCGGCUUACCCGCGACACACUCUUUCGAGGCUUCCUGCUACCCAAGGGCACUGAUAUCAUCACCCUCCUCAACACGGUUCACUAUGACCCCAGUCAGUUCAAGACACCUAAUGAGUUCAACCCUGCCCACUUCCUGGACUCCAAGGAGGAAUUCAAGAAGAGCCCAGCCUUCAUGCCCUUCUCUGCUGGUCGACGUCUGUGCUUAGGGGAACCCCUGGCCCGCAUGGAGCUGUUCCUUUACCUGACUGGGAUUCUGCAGAACUUCACACUACAGCCACUGUGCUCCCCGGAGGAGAUUGACUUGACUCCCCUCAGCUCGGGCUUGGGCAAUGUGCCUAGACCUUUCCAGCUUCGAAUGGUGCCCCGAUAAGUCCAGGCUUCUAACCAGCUGACCAAAGACCAUUCACUGGUCAAUCACACAGCGACCACUCACUCUGUUCCAAUGGCUCUCAUUUUGACCCUUGGCCUUGUCCCUCUCUGUUUUUCAAAUUUCCCCUCAUAACUGUUAAUAUCUCUCAGUCUGCCCCCUUCUUCAGUCUUUACCCUCUCUUAUGUGCCUCCUCAACACACUCUUUCACUCACUCUUUUCCACCUUUCUCCCUCACUCUCUUCUUCCUCUUCCUCCUCUUCUUUUCUCUCUGGCUCUGUUUGUCUAUCUCUUUCUGUCUCUCUCUCUACCUGUUAUCAAGUCCCUCUUCCCAUGCAUGUUGCCCUUCUGACCCUGGGAAAGUUAUUUAACCUCCCAAGGGCCCUCAGCCAAUUCUCUAAAGGCCAUGAGACAAAGAGCAGGUGCUGAUCUGCCUUGCUAAAGGAAGUUUUCUCCCCAGAGGAUGAAAUCCCAAGCCCUGUCCAAAAAAAAAAAAAGAAAGAAAGAAAAGAACUAGCUGGAGAGCAUCCCAAGAAAGGCAGCCCAACUAGGGAAGGGCCUCAAGAUUGUGUCAUAUUAGGAGCAAUUCAAUUCACCUGAUUGAGCCUGGAACAGAGAAGGCUUAGGGGCAACAAAAGAGCAUUUACCUUGUGGCAGAGGGAUGGCUUAUUCUGUUUAGUCCUGGGGGCAGAACUCAGAGUCAUUGAUAAAUGUUGCAAAGAAGUCAAUUUAGGCUUGAACUCAGAAGAAAAAGUCCCCAGGGCCAGAUGUAUUAACAAGUGAACUCUAUCAAACAUUUAAAGAACAACUAAUCCCAAUACUAUACAAACUAUUUGACAAAAUAAGCAAAGAAGGAGUUCUACCAAAUUCCUUUUAUAAAACAAAUAUGGUACUGAUUCCAAAGCCAAGCAGGUCAAAAACAGAGAAAAAAAACUAUAGAUUUGACUUCCAGAAAAGCUCCUCUCAUCUAGAACUGCCCACAAAGGGAAAUGGCCUCCUCCUUGAUGAAGGUCUUCAAGGAAGGGGUGAUGGAUGACCACUUAGGAAGUAUAUAGGAGAAAGGGGGAAGGGAACAAACAUUAAGUACCUAUGUACCAAGCACCCUGCUAAGCAUUUUACAGAUAUUAUCUUUUAUGAUUCAGACAACAACCCUGGAGCUAGAUGCUAUCAUGAUUCUCAUUUUACAAUGAAGAAACUGAGUCAGAUAGCAGUUAAAUGACUUACUUAGGGUGACAGUUCUUUCUGUCUUCAGGGCCAACAUUCUAUCAACUGUAUCUAGGUCAGAAAAGGGUUGGGCAGCACCCAAAACCCCCUAAACCAUGGAUUUGAGGCAGGGUCUAGAAAUUAAUGGAAGCCCUAUUGAGGAAGGCAUUCUUUUUUUUCCAGGUAGAGCUAGAUGCCCAUUGAAGCCCCUUCAAACCAUCCUCAGUUUGCCUCUCUCUCUGCUCUGCCUUCUUAGUUUUCCAUUAUCCUUUAGUACUGCCCUCUUUCUCCAUAGCCUCCCCUUCUCUUAUUGUUCCUUUGAUUUCUUGGUUGUUUUUCAGUCUCUUUCAUCUCUCUCUCUCUCUUCCUUAUUCUCCCCAUCUUCCUCUUUAGGCUUUCCCAUUUCUGUCCCUCAGAUUUUCUCUGUUCUUCAACCAUCUAUUAUCCUUGAGUUUCUCCCCCUUUAUUCCCUUGAGCCUUUGAUAACCCUCUCUGUCUCCCCAUCCUCCUCAAUUGCCCUCUGUGUCUCUUAGACCAUCACUCUCUCUUUCUCAGUAUGUCCCCUCUGUCCUUCUGCCUCCUCACACCCUCUCUCCCUUAGACUCUACUUCUCAGGCCUUUAUUCUUCCUCCUCUUUUUCUUUCAAUCUCUUUGCCUCCAUCCUUCCAGCACUCCUCAUAUCCUUUAUUUCCCCCUACCCUCUCUCCCUCAGUCUCAUCCACCUGUUGUCCUCCUUGUCUCCCCACCUUCACUCCCUUAUUUCCUUUUCAAGAUCUUCCCAUCAGUCUCUCUAUCCCCUUAGUCUCUUCAUUAUGAUACCUUUAAGUCUUCCUUGACCCUCUCUUCCUUAGUUUCUCCAUCUCCUUUUCAGUCUCCCCUCCUCUAUCCCUUGAUUUGUCCCUGUUUAUCCCUAAUUUCUCCACCUUGUCCCUCUACCUCCCUCUAAGUCUGACACCAUCCCCCUCAUCCUUGGCCAUGGAUCCCUACAGCCUUGUCAGAGCCCAAAUUGGACCCUGGUUUGCCAAGAUCUGGGUCAGGUCCUUGCCCUGUUCUGAGCUCCCAUUACUGUACCCUCUAUCCUUCACCUCUCUUCUCUAUCUUUACCCAGGUUCUGGGUCUUGUACUGGUUCCCCUUACUCCAAUGGCUUCAGUAGCACCAGGCAAUUGAGACUGGCCUUCUACAAAGGCUGCUUCUUUGACAUCUGAGAAUAAAAAAUGCGUUUCUGAAC